GCCAAUUCUAAAAUGGAAUAAAUAAAUAAAUUAGAUCUCUUUGGAGUUGUGAAAAGUAUGCAAAUAUGCUCAUAUUUUAGAUGGCGGAUUGAAAAAGGCCUUCUUUUUUUAUUCGUUCGGCUUUUUUGGCACUUUAUUUAUGACAAUCUCUUUUCUUAUGAUUUUAUCUAACGCUUUAAAUGAACAAAAUAGUAUUAGAAUCAUUUUAAUAUUAGUGAAAAUAAUGAAGUCUUUAUCAGAAUUGAGUUCAAUUAAUCUUGGAACCUUUUAAGAUCAAAUGUAUGUAAAAACCAAGAAUACAAUACACUAAUUAUAACUAAUCAAAACCAACGAGAAGUUCAAUUAAUUUUCAUACGAGAUACAAGCAUUCUCAGUAGAGAUGCCUUAACCAGAACAUCAAAUAAUGCAUUCCAAAUUUUUAGAACUUUAAUGGCCUCAUCUCAUUAAUUCAAUAGCUAACAAAGAAACUUUCUGUGGAUCCAAUUGCGUAAGUAUUCCCUACCGUAAGUUGGUAAUUGGAGAAUGUCUGGAAGAUUGCUUCUAGUAGUUAAGUUCAGUUUGCUUGGUUUUCGAUAAAAAUGAAAUAUUGAGUGGUUGUUAUGAAAAUUAGCAAUUGGCCCAAUACAGCAAGGAGAGAACCAAAUAGAUCUAGAUCUAUUUAAGACAUGUAAAGGAUCCCUUGGUUCAAGUUAAUCAUAAAUGUAUAAACAAAUUCUCUAAAUAGAAAUAACCCUGCCAGAUAACUACGAUCCUCUAAAUAUGAUAAUCUUUGGAGCCAUUUGUUUGGUUGUGUGUAUAAUUAUUAUGGUAAUGAUCAACUUAAAAAUCAAAAAACAAACAGAUGAAAUUGAAAUGUAGUAAAUAGUAAGGCCCUAGCUUCCUAGAGUGAUUCCAUUAAAUUAUUGAUAAUGAUAUAUAUAUUAUAUAAAAGUUAAA